AUGUUCCGAACUCUGUGCUUUCCCAAGGCUUUGAUUCGACGCAGUGUCGCUACACGGGCAAAAAUGCUGUCCCUGCAGAGUCUUCCCGAUGAAUUGCUGCUCAAAGUGAUCAACAAACCUUCGGUAUACGACGUCAUGGCCUUGUCGCAGCAAAGCCAUGGAAUACAUGCUCUAUGUGAUGUGAAAAAUCGUCAGAAAUAUCAUCAAUUGAAGUUCGGCCGAGAGAAGUACCCGCAGACCCAUGAAGCUGUACUCCAAGCUGGCCGAGACACAUUACUUGCCAUUUUACGAACUCCCUCCCUUGGACAUUAUCUUCGUCGUGUAGACCUGUACGGAACUGGAAUGAUUGAGUUUGAUCCUGUCUCCGAAAAUUCCAUCCAAGAUUCUAUGCUUUCCCCUGAGGACAUCGACAGACUCAAGCAAGCAAUCCGAGGCGCCGGCUUCCAAGAUGCACAGGAGCGCGAGUCAAUUUUAUCUAUGCUUUCACGAAACCCUGCUAAAUUCCAUUUCACUUCUACUAUCGGUGGUCGUUUAUACCCUGGGGGUGGCAACUCCGUGUUAUACGUGACUCCGAUAUUCAAGUCACUUUGGACGCACCGCCAGACUUUAGAGGAAUUGAAUCUGGAUAUAGAGAGCCAGAUACCUCGACAAGAACUAUAUGAUAAGGAAUAUCAACCCCGCCAAGAAGAUAGGAUGACCGAAGAGGACCGAAAAGAUUAUAAGGAGCAAUGGGCAGACGAGCUGCAGGAGCUAGCCGCCCCAGAAAUCGCACCCGUGCGUGUCUCCCUGAAAGACUUUCCACAACUCAAGAAUCUCAGUAUUAGAGCCCAUACGCUAUGCUAUCUAGCUCGAGGUGCAGGAGAUGGCAAGAAGCAGCUUGACUCAAAGUCUUUCAACCUUGUUGGUCAUAUCCCGUCUACUCUUGAGUCUCUCCGUAUUUACGGGCUCGGAGAGCCCGUGGAUAGGAGUACCCCCUAUCUGGAUUACGAAUCUGAUCUAGAUGUCGAUGCCCAAAUUGAGCAGCUGGCGCGUGAGAAAGAUGCCAAACUGCCAGGACUGAAGAUUUUUGAAGGCGUUGACCCUUGUAUUCCAAAUGGCAGGACUGUGGAUGAAGGGGCGGAUGAAGAUGAUCUAGAUCUUUUCUGGAAAGAUCCAGAUGACACCAGGUUUGAUGAGGUUGAUGCCGACGUUUGA